AUGACGAGGCCUGGACACACUUGGAGCCGGCCGUCAGUGAAGGAAGAUGAGGAUGAGGAGGCUGAGGACCCGGUGGACGCCAUGAUCUCGCGGACGGGCUGCGCGGCGCAGCACCGGGAGCUGCAGGAGU